AUGGCUGAUGUGGACGACGCCACACGAACCGAGAUUGCCCAGGCAUGCGGCGUCCCGCCCAGCAUGAUCGAGGACGCCUACACCUGCACGCCACUCCAGCUGAGCAUGAUAGCCGAGGACCGGGCCGAGAUCUUCCACUUUGUCAUGUCGUUCGGCCCCAGUGCCGACAUUGACCGGUUCUGCGACUGUUUGCGAGCUGUCGUCGCCGCCAAUGCCAUCCUACGCACCAGACUCGUCAGGUCUGCCCGCUUGGGCGGAAUCGUGCAAGUCGUCACGACUGAGCAACAUGUCACGACGCGCCACGAUGACGGCACUGGCGAGCAUCUCGAGCGCUACCUCGAGCAGGCUCAUCUCAAAAUGGGUCUCGGCGAUCCCCUCAUCCGCAGCGCCUUCAUCGGCCGGAAUCUGGUUCUCACGCUGCACCACGCCGUGUUCGACUAUUGGUCCUGGGAUACGCUGAUGAAGGUCGAUAUUCCGGUCUUGUAUUUUCAGCAGCAGAACGAGGCCCAUCGGCGACCGGCGUUCAAGGAUUUUGUGGCGCGAUGCCUCAAUAUCGACGACGAGGCGGCCAGUCGGUUUUGGGCAUCCCGAUUCAAAGGGUCCCCGGCGGUCUUCCUCGGAUCCAGCUCGCGGCGUGUAUUGCCUCCACAUGUCGUCGCAAAGCGGGAUUGGAAGUUUCCUCUCGUCCGGAUCAAGAGCAAAGCACUACCUCCCACACACGCGCCAUACUUCAUCGAGGCGGCUUGGGCCCUGGUGGCCGCGAUCGACACCGACAGCGAAAGCGUGGCCUAUGGCUAUGUCCUAUCUGGACGGACUCCUACGCCGGACGGGCUCGAGAACACGCUAGGGCCAGCCAUCACCGAAGCUCCCAUCCAGGCCAAUCUCCCAUGGAAGACAAUGACGGUCGACAAGCUCAUCAAGGACCGCGCUGCAUCGGUUCGCCAGCUGCAGCAGAACCCGCACUUGAUUCACUACCCCCUCGAGAAGAUUGCCGUACUGAGCGAGGCUGCCAGGACGGCAUGCGGAUUUCGAGCACUGCUCAACAUUCGUCCCGCGGUCUUUGACGACACCGACAGUCAAGCUGAUGUCAGAAUGGAAAGGAUGGUGUGGCUGAAUGGCUUCUUUGCGCUGCAGCUCAUCUUCAGCAUUACGGGCGAGGGCGUCGAGGUGUGGCCGCGUGUCGACUCGACGGUGAUUGACGACCGUCGGCUGGAACGUCUCCUGCAGCAAUUCGGCCACACGCUUCGUCUGUUGACCGAGGUGUCCCCUCAGACCAAACUUGACAGUCUGCCUCUGCUCGAUCCGAAGGCGCGUGAGGAGGUCCUGCAGCUGAAUAAGACCAUUCCCGAACCAGUGUGGACUAGGCUCGAUGAACUCUUUGCUGCUCGGGUACGAGUACAACCGUCGGCUAUGGCAAUCGAGUCCAGUCAAGGCAACGCGUCUUAUGCCCAACUGGAUCAACUGUCUUUGAAUCUCGCUUUGGUGCUGCAAUCAAGGGGCGUUACCACCGAAAGCCGAGUUGGGUUCGUCAUGGACAAGUCGCUGUGGGCUGUUGUCGCCUUCCUCGCCGUCCUGAGACUCGGCGGUGUAUGUGUUCCGGUGGACAAUAACCUCUCCGAAGACGCCAGGGUCGCACUGCUCUCGGCGACGGGGACUCGGCUUGUCUUGGUCCCGGAGUCGUUGAGCAAGUUCGCGCCUGGCAUGAUGCGCGCCUUGGGCGUCUUCGAAGUUGUCGAGGUUGGGCCUGGAACCGUUUCGCAGGUUCCUCUGGGGGACCGUCAGCAAGCCCACGCUCGAAAUGGCAACAUCGCCAGGAAACUGGACGAGGCGCUCGCCUUCAUUGUCCCCACCAGCAACCCUGCCUCCAAGCAGAAAGCUGCGCUUCUCGGUCAUCGCAACUUGGCGUCGGCAUUGACAAGCCAGGCCCAGCGGUUUGGCUGGGGACCAGAUAGCCGCGUCCUGCAGUUUUGGUCAUGCGGUUCUGGCAACGGCUUGUUAGAGAUCUUCGGGGCGCUCGUGUUCGGAGGAUGCCUGUGCAUUUCUCCGAAUGCGACGAAUCCGACCGAGACCGAGUUCGGGUCGCAGCUUGCACAAUUCAUCGAGUCUGCCAAAGUGAACUUUGCGCUGCUGCCUCCAAGUGUGAUUCGGACCUUCUCCCCCGCCGACGUUGCCAACCUGCAAACUUUGGUCUCGAUUGGGGAGCCGAUGCAAACCGAUGCUGAGGUUGGCCGAGUCUGGGCAGGAGCCCUUCGGUUCUUCAAAGCUUGGGGAGCAACAGAAACAUCGAUGGUGAGCACCGCCCUACAAAUACCAGCAGCCACAGAGCACUGCUCUGCCAACAGCAUCGGCACGCCAGUUGGAUGUGCGGCCUGGAUUGUAAGCGCCCACGAUGCCAACCUCCUGGCUCCGCUGGGAGGCGUCGGCGAGCUCGUGAUUGAGGGUUUUGGUGUCGCCUCGGGCUACACAGGGGACAAUUCCAAAACGGCUGCCGCUUUUCUGCAUACGCCAGCUUGGGCAACCGAGUACGACUUCGCGCAAUCGUGCCGCCGAGCGACGCGCUUCUUCCGCACCGGUGAGCUGGCCAAGUACAACAGCGACGGCACCAUCUCGUACGUUGGACGCGUCGGCAACCGCGUCAAGCUAAGCGGCAGCCAGAUGGUGCAGCUGGAAAACGUGGAGCGCGCCAUCAUGGGAUGCAGCCAAGUGCGCGAAGCCGCCACAGCCGGUAAAAUCAUCGCCGGCCGGACGCAGCUCGUUGCCGUCGUCUGCUUGGCGGCCCCGGGGCUGCCAAGGCAAACCGCUCUCCAGAGACUGGCUGGGUUCGACGCAGACACUGCAGAUCGGCGAAUGCGCGGUGUGCGAGCGUAUGCCGAGUCUGUGUUGCCGGCGGACCAUGUUCCAACCGUCUGGUUGGCUGUUGAGAAGCUGCCGAGAACUGCGUCGUACGAGAUUGAUCGCGUUGCGCUGACGGAAUGGCUGAAGAGGUUGAGGAACUGA